AAGAUGUUUCCUGUCCUUUUUCUGGUAGUCCUUCAGGCCCCUACCAUCUAUUCAGGUCACUCUCUCCAGUAUUAUCACACGGCAGUCUCAGCUCCAGGACAUGGGCUACCGGAGUACAUUUCUGUUGGCUAUGUGGACGGGAUACAGAUUAAAACAUACAGCAGCGACAUCGGCCGGGCUGUUCCUGUGACUCCGUGGAUGGAGAGACUGGGACCCGAUUACUGGGAGGGAGAGACAGAGAUCAACAAAGAAGCUGAGGCUACACACAAACUCAAUGUGAGGAUAGCAAUGCAUCGCUAUAACCAGACUGGAGGUCUCCAUACAUUCCAGGAGAUGUACGGCUGUGAGCUGAGGGAUGAUGGCAGUAUCGGGGGGUACUGGCAGUAUGGGUAUGAUGGGAAGGAUUUCCUGUAUCUGGAUACCGAGCGUGGGGUUUAUAUUCCGAUCACAGACCAGGCUCAGCUCAGCGCACAGAGAUGGAAUAACCCAGAGCAGCGAGCGGGGGACAGAGCCCAGUAUUACCUGCAGACUGAGUGUAUUGAAUGGCUGAAUAAAUACAUUGAGUUUGGCAAGGAGGAGCUGGACAGGAGAGUUCCCCCAGAGGUGAAGGUUUCCAGCCACCAAUCAGAUGGGGUCACAGAGCUUCAGUGUCAGGUGUACGGGUUUUACCCCCGGGAUGUGGAUGUGAUUUGGAAGAGAAACGGUAUAGAGAUUCCAUCAGAUGAGGCCAAACAGGUCCUCCCCAAUACUGAUGGCACCUAUCAGAUCACAGUCACAGUGGAAGUACUGCCAGAGGAGGGGGUGAUAUACUCCUGCCAUGUGGAUCACCGCAGCCUGAAUGAGACAUUCAUUGUGAUGUGGGGUAAGUUGCAUGAAAGAUCAGUUAGUGUAUCUGUCCUUAUAUGCAGUUAUUUUUAAAUCAGUUUCUUUCUUUCAAGUUUCUGUAAUUUGAUUAAAUGCUUUGUUC